GUUUACUGAUGACGUUGUGCAGUAGCUUCUGAGCGAUGUGGCUAAUGAUGUUUAGCGAUAUGAACGGGUUUUAUUAAAGUUCGACUUCAACAACCAGCUACGGGAUAUAAGCAGGGGGCAGGACUGCGACAAGAUGUUGGAGUCUUAUGUCACACCGCUCCUGAUGAGUUAUGUGAACAAGUACAUCAAGAAUCUAAAGCCGUCCGACCUGCAGCUGUCUCUGUGGGGAGGAGAUGUGGUGCUCAGCAAGUUGGACCUGAAGCUGGAUGUGCUUGAACAGGAGUUGAAGCUGCCCUUCACGUUCAUGAGCGGUCACAUCCACGAACUCCGUAUCCAUGUGCCCUGGACCAAGCUGGGAUCCGAGCCCGUGGUCAUCACCAUCAACACCAUGGAGUGCAUCCUCAAGCUCCGGGACGGAGCCCAGGAUGACCACGACAGCGGCUCGAGCUCCACCAGUCGCAGCGUGUCAGACAGCUCCAAGGCUGUGGCCAAGCCUCGCCGCCUCCAGCAGGCGGCCCCCAGCGACCCAGAUCUGCCCCCAGGCUACGUGCAGAGUCUGAUCCGCCGUGUGGUGAACAACGUGAACAUCGUGGUGAACAACCUGAUCCUGAAGUACGUGGAAGACGACAUCGUGCUGUCGGUGAACAUUACCUCAGCCGAGUGCUACACAGUGGACGACGUGUGGGAGAGGGCCUUCAUGGACAUCGCCGCUCCAGAGCUGGUCCUGCGAAAAGUCAUCAACUUCGCCGACUGCACCGUGUGCCUGGACAAGCGGAACGCCAGCGGAAAGAUCGAGUUUUACCAGGACCCGCUGCUGUACAAGUGCUCCUUCAGAACGCGGCUCCAUUUCACCUACGACAACAUCAACUCUAAGAUCCCGUCUGUCAUCAAAAUCCAGACCAUGGUGGAAAGUCUGAAGUUGUCCAUCACAGAUCAGCAGCUCCCCAUGUUUAUCCGGAUUUUGGAGCUGAUCAUCGCCCUCUACUACGGAGAGAUUGGCGGACACAAAGAGGGCGAGGGCGAGGAGGGCACCGCUCAUGUCAGAGAGUCCGGAGCGAGUCUACCUGGGAUGGAAGUGGAUCUGGAAAGGCAGGGCUCCAGCCCAGAUAUAUACAUGCAGCCCGGGAGUCCCGAGGAGGAAGACCAAGGCUGGGUGUCCUGGGCGUGGUCCUUCGUCCCCGCCAUCGUCGGCACAGAGGAGGAAGGGGAGGAAGGCCUAUACCUGCAGAGAGAGACGGGAGGCAUUCCCAGCAACCCUCAGCAACACACUCCCAAAGACCCCAUCGUUUCCAUCGGCUUCUACUGCACCAAAGCUUCUGUUACCUUCAAGCUGACAGAAACACAGUCGGAGAGCAGCUACUACAGUCCCCAGAAGGUCAAGUCCAGAGAAGUCCUGUGUCUGGAGCAGGAAGGAAUCACGAUCGAGGUGCUCAUGAUGGGCGAGCCCUUCUUCGAUUGUCAAAUCGGCUUCGUCGGCUGUCGAGCGCUCUGCCUGAAGAGCAUCAUGGGAGUGCGAGAUUUUGAGGAGAACAUGAAUCGUCGUGAAGAGGAUGCGGUUUUCUUCCGCUGCGGAGACAGCCUCAGCAGCAAAGGAAUGACCUACCUCACCAACUCCCUGUUCGACUACCGCAGUCCAGAGAACAACGGAGUCAGGGCCGAGUUCAUCCUGGACGCCGCUACACACAAGGAGACCUACACGGAGAUAGCAGGCAUGCAGCGCUUUGGUGCUUUCUACAUGGAUUAUCUCUACACAAUGGAGAGCAGCAUCGACAAAGACUCUCAGGACUUCUCUGUGGUGAAUGCUGAGGAGGUUGUACCCGUGGUUCAGGAAACGUCCAUCAAGAGGCUGGUGGUUGGACCUCUGGACGUUCGAUUGCACAGCAGCGCCGUCCACCGCAUCUUCAAGAUGGUCACGUGUGCCAUGGACCACGAGUACGAACCGUACUGCAAACCACAGCGAGAAAUGUUUGAGGAGAGAGACGUUCCAGCAACUCCCGAAGAGAUAUCGCGCCUGGAGGAGUUCAUCCCCAGCAGACUGACUUGUCUCACUCUGCUCCAAGUGUCGGUCACCGUCUCCAUGGCCGAGUUCAACCUCCUGCACACGCUGAUGCCCGUCAUCAUGGGCCACAAGGCUGUGCCAGGGCCGGUGACUGCGCCGGCGUUUCAGCCCGUGCACCCGCUGCCUUCUGUGCAGUUCCAGGUGGAGAAGGUCAACGUGGAGCACUCGGUGCCCAUGUACGCCCCCGAGCUGGUCGGCACCGUCAGCAGCCUGAGUCAGCCCUCAGACAACCUGCUGCACCACUGCUACGCUCACCUCUACCUCAAGGUGUUUGGGUUCCAGGCAGGCUUGACAUGCCAGGACAGCACAGGAACCUUUCUUCCCCUCAUCCCCAUCAUUCCCUCCUUCAGCACGGCGCUCUAUGGGAAGCUGAUUCAGAUACCUGAUCUCUGGACUAAGAGAUCUUCAGUCCCCACCACAGAGUGCAUCUUCGAGCUUCCUCACUUCACCAUACAGGCCACCAGGGCCCAGACGCUCCUGCUCCAGGCAGUCUGUCAGAGCUGGACACACAGCAUGGUCAACGGCUCCCCUCUGACGCUCAGUGAAAAUCUGCUCAACGAGGUGUACAAAGCUCCAGGUGUGAAAUAUCCCGGCCCGUCACCGACUCUGGAAGGCUCGGUCCAAAACCUGGAGCUGAAGUUCUGCAGCCGUGCGACGGUGAAAUGCGCCUCGGGAACCGUGGGAGCUGUAAAAGUGUGCGCCAGGACCCCAGGUUCUGGGGAGGGAGCAAAGGAGAAGCUGGUUCCUCUGAUUCAGGGCCCGUCUGACACCAAAGAGCUCCACAUGAGCCGCUGGCUCAACGAGAUCCGCAAGCCCGAGUCUCUGCUGGCCCCCGACCUGCUGGCGUUCUCCGUCCAGGUCCCUCAGCAAGGAGACGACUGCAGGAACUCGGGCGCAGUUCUGCUCGUCAGUGUCCAGGGCAUCGCUGUCAAUGUGGACCCCAUCUUCUGCACCUGGCUGUUGUAUCAGCCUCACAGAGCGAGCAGCAGGCAGCAGCAGCAGAAUCAAGGUCAAGUUCCUCUGGCCAAGAGGAGAGAGGACGAAGCGUCAGUUGGGAGCACGCCGUUGGCCAAACAGCCGUCCAACCAGGCCUCGGACUACGCCAGCAGCCCGGUGAAAACCAAGACGGUGACAGAGUCGCGUCCUCUGUCCAUCCCGAUGAGGGUGAUGCCUGAAACCGCAGCCGCGGAGUCCUGGACAACUUCAGAGGAGCGGAUGAAGGAGCUCAUCGCACACGCCUGGGAUGCUGUUAAACGACUCACUCUGCAGUUGGAGCUGCAGUCGUGCUGCGUGUUCCUGCCCAACGACAGCCUCCCCUCCCCCGGCACCAUCAUCUGCGGCGACAUCCCCGGCACCAUCCGCAGCUGGUACCACAACCAGGCCGCCAUGCCGGGAACCCUGGUGGUCUGCCUGCCCCAGAUCAGCGUCCUCAGCGCGGGGCACAAGUACAUGGAGCCGCUGCAGGAGCUCCCCUUCGUGGUCUCCAAGCCCAUUCUGGAAGAAGGUGAUGCCUUCCCAUGGACAGUCAGCCUGAGUCAGUUCAGCGUCUACACGCUGCUGGGACAGCAGCAGAGCCUGAGCCUGCUGGAGCCCAUGGGCUGCACCUCCACGCUGGCCGUCACGUCCCACAAGCUGCAGAGCUGCUCCGAGGGAAGACACUCCUUCGUGGUCUGCCUCCACGUCGACCUGCAGCCCGUCCACGUCAAGUGCUCCAACCCUCAGGUUCAGCUCUUAUACGAGCUCCUCCUCAGCUGGAGCUCCACGUGGGCACGUCUCCAGAAGCAUGGCAUCCUGCGUCAGAGCUCAAGCAUCCCGGACCCCCCCGCCGGGCCCGCUCCGUCCUCCCCGGUGCGCAGCAGCGCCGGCACCGCCCCGCCUGACACCAGCACCUGCAGCCCCUCGGCGGAUUUCGGCUCCCCCACCGAGGGCGACUCGGUGCCUGCCGGAGACGACGGUCCGUUUGCUGACACAGUGACUCUGGAGCAGAAAACCAGCAGCAUCGGGGGAACCAGUGGGAAGGUCAGCCUGUGGAUGCAGUGGAUGCUGCCCAAAGUGACGGUCAAACUGUUCGCUCCGGACCCGACCAACAAGAAGACAGUUGAGUUGUGUGUCAUCGGUGAACUAGAAGACCUGAGUGCCUCGGUGGACGUGCAGGACGUUUACACAAAGAUCAAAUGUAAAGUCGGCAGCUUCAACAUCGAUCACUACAGAUGCAGUCUGGAGGAGGGCUUUCGGAGCUCAGGCAUCGGUGGAGGAGUGGUCCUGUCUUGCACUGACAAGCUGAACAGACGCACUGUGUUGGUUCGACCGGUCAGCAAGCAAGACUCUUUCAGCCACUUCUCUGGCUUUUUCCCUCCUACGGCGGCGAAGGUCCUGGAGGGCUCCCACCAGCAGCACGGCUUCCUGUCCAUCACCUACACUCAGGCCGUCACCAAGAACGUCCGCCACAAGCUGACCACGCGGCCCGAGCGGCCCACCCGCAGCGGCGCCACCACCGCCAGCCAGCGGGUGAACGCCGACCUGCUGGCGGACGGCUCGCCGCAGUACCUGAGAGAGAUCCUGCUGACGGCGCAGCCCUUCGACGUGGUUCUGUCCUGUCCCUUACUGGCCACCAUAGCAGGAGUGUUCCAGGCUACGGUGCCGAGACGCUACAGGGAGCGCGGGAAGUCGGCGGGCCAGCCGAUGAGAAGCCACACGUUGACGUCGCGAUGCUUGCCCCUCAUCUACAUCAACACCAGCGUGAUCCGGGUGUUUUGCCCCGGAACGCCGGACAAGCCCACAGCGCCGGAUCCUCCAGUGAAGAAAGAAGACACUCUGGUUCUGAAGCUGGGCUCGCUCAGCAUGGCUCCCCAGGCUGACAACCCGCUGAGUCGAACCGUGCUUCGAAAAGAUAUCUAUCAGCGCGCGCUGAACCUCGGCAUCCUGCGGGACCCCGGAUCAGAAGUGGAAGACCGUCAGUAUCAGAUCGAUCUGCAGUGCAUCAACAUCGGCACUGCUCAGUGGGAGCAGCUGAAGCCCGAUAAAGAAGGUGUGAAAGGCGGCGUGUCGCCAGACAGCGAGAGGAGCUCCCAGAACCCGGCGCUGGAGUGGAACAUGGCCAGCAGUAUCCGGAGGCACCAGGAGCGCCGGGCCAUCCUCACCCCCAUCCUCACAGACUUCUCCGUCCGGGUGACCGCUGCUCCCGCCAUCAUCUUCAGCAAGACCCUGUCCCCAGACGGCGGCCAGUCCGAGGAGGUGGUGGUGUGUGGCCACUCCCUCGAGGUGAACGUGACCAGCAGUUUGGACUUCUACCUCAGUGUUGCCCAGGUGCACCUCCUUCAGCAGCUGCUCAGAGAUAACAUGGUGGGGAUGGACGCUCCAGAGAAAAGCACAGAGGUGCGUCGCCAUGAGCGGAAGAGGGGAACGCGCAGCAGCGCAGCGGCCGCUGAGUCGUCGUCGCGUCACAGCGGCGCCGGGCCCGACAGCGGCUUCGGCAGCGACAGCGCCCGCAUCCGCAUCGUCCAGAUCGAGCAGCAGAGCGGCGCCAGCCACCACUGCCUCGCACGGCCCUCCCACAAGUCCACCAUCACCAAGAACCUCAGCUUCAUCCCCUUCGACAUCUUUCUCACCGCCAGCAAGCUUUCUCUCAUGACCUACUCCUGCUCCAGUCACACUAAAGCCCUUCCUCCGCUGUCGGAUACACCCAGCACCCCGGAGAGGAAGGAGUCAGGGGAUAAGGUGGGGAAGAGUGCCCUCAACCAGCCGGAGAUGCUGUCGGAGUCUCCCCCGGCCUCAGCCUCCCCGACCCCUGAUCCCGGUCCGGCCCCUUCGGCCCCUCAGGGUUCACUCGCCGGCCUGACGGCGGACGACAUCCUCAACAGCAACACGUCUCAGCCGGCCUCCCCGCUGCUGAGGGGCAGCCUGCUGUCACUGGACGGCCUGCCGACGCCCACCCGCUCCUCCGCCCGCCAGGCGCUGGGCGUCACCAUCGUGAGGCAGCCGGGGAGGCGGGGGGCCGGCGACCAGGUGUUGGAGCCUCUUUUAUACCUGCAGGUGAUGCAGCCGUCGGCUCUGCUCAGCUGCCAUCACCGCAAGCAAAGGAUGGAGCUGUCGGUGUUCGACGUCUCCUUGAGAGGUGUGGCCUCUGACUACAAGUGCCUAGACCCGGGAAAGACUCUGCCAGAGUCUCUGGACUACAACGUGUUUUGGCUGCAGACAGUAGCAGCAGAGGUGGACGGUAAAACUGGCAUCCCUCCCCCUCUGCUCUGCCUCCAGAUCAAAGAUUUCCUCAACGGACCAGCUGAGCUAAACAUCGAGCUGUCUCGGCCGCUGAAGAUCAAUCCCACCCUGACCAAGCUGGAGCAGGCCAAAGCCUACCUGAAGAAAGUCCUUCCAAACCAUUCAUGGGACGCCUCCAGCAGACCGCCGUCGGCGUCCCCCACCCCCCAUUCUUCCCCCGCGAAGGGGCUGCACAGGCCCUUUCCUUCUCGUUCGGACUCCCACCAGCACCUCCAGGCUGCGGUCCCGGGCGAAGCCGGCAGCAUCGGCGCCCUGGCGUUGUCCUUCCACAAGAUCUCUCUUCACACAACUCAGAUUUUUGUCAUCAUGGAGGCAGAGACCCAUCCAGUCAGGCCCAGCGUUACCGUGUCCAUGUCGGCCAUGACAGGAAGCUUGAACAUAAAGUCAGGACCUCGGAUUGAAGAUGCGGUUCAGUCCGCCUCCGUGCUGCUGGAGCUGAACGACAUGCUGGUGAAAACGGGCCUGAAGGACCGGAGCCGUGUCCUGCUGGGGCCGUUCUCCUGCAGCAGCUCCCUGGAGGCUCGAUGGUGUCGACACAGCGGCAGCCCCGGACCUGAGCCCGGCCCCCCCAAGCUGCUGCUGGACCUUAAGGGAGGCCUGCUGCAGGUGUUUUGGGGCCAGGAACACCUGAACUGCUUGAAGCUGGUGGAGGAGCACCUCCGUGCCUACGUCAGCCUUCAGAUGGCGGACUGGGCUGAGAGCAGCUCAAAGGGAAAGGCCUUUCACAGCCAGCCGCCUCCUUCUCCAGGCUCCCCCUCUCCUCGCACCGAGCACAGCUCAGACGACUUGCGGACAGGACACUUCCAGUACAUCCAGGACUCAGCUUCACGCAGACUGCCGGCCCCCCAUGAGGUGGUGUUUUACAGUGAGACGGAGGACAGUCCGGGGGUCAUGCUGUGGAGAUACCCCGAGCCGCGGGUCCUCACCUUUGUUCGGAUCACUCCCGUCCCUUUCAACACCACAGAAGACCCUGAGAUCAGCACCGCGGACCUGGGAGAUGUCCUGCAGGUACCGUGCAGCCUGGAGUACUGGGAUGAGCUCCAGCAGACCUUUGUUCAGUAUCGUGAGUUCAGCCUGUCAGAGAGCUGCGCCUGCCAGCUGCAGCUGCCCAGCCUCAGCCUCACCAACCAGCAGAAGGAGCUGGUGGCCUCGGACCUGUGGAGGAUCGUUCUCAAUAACAACGGAGAGGGAGGGGACGAGCAGAGCUCGGACAGUGACUGCGGGUCCCAGCUGCCGUGUGAUCAGCUGGUGUCUCCGAUGGCGCUGGCAGCAUGCACUCGAGUGGACUCCUGCUUUGCCCCCUGGUUCGUCCCCUCCGUGGGUGUUUCCCUACAGCUGGCACAUCUGGAAGUUCAUCUCUGCCAUCACCUUGAACAGCUGGGUACAGUUCCGUCUCGACAGCUUCACCCCUUCCUGCCAGACAGGAAGUUACCUCAGGAGCAGGAGUUCAUGGUGAUUGGUUCUCGAGAACCUCGGAUCUUCUUGCGCCAGUGGAGCAACGGACCACGCCAGUGUCAGGAGUUCAACUUCUCCACACAGCUGGACUGCAGGCUGCUGGAGUACCGGAAUCUGACGCACCUCCAACUUCUCCAGACUUGUGUGCUGCAGGGCCGGGCUGCGGCGACCUGCUGCCCUCAGGCCACGUCUCUGGAUGUGAACGUGUUUGUGGAUCCGGUGUUCCUCAAUAUCAGCCAGUAUGCUAUUCACACUGUGGACACCGCCCUGCACAGCUGGCAGCAGAAUGGGAACUCUGAAGCCGAGGAGUUGCUCUACAGCCACUACGUGAUCUGCAAUGACACCCAUGAGACUCUGCGCUUCGGUCAGGUGGACACGGAUGAGAAUGUUCUGCUUGCCAGCCUGCACAGCCACCAGUACAGCUGGAGAUCCCACAAGUCCCCGCAGCUGCUGCACAUCUGCAUCGAGGGAUGGGGGAACUGGCGCUGGUCGGAGGCCUUCAGCGUGGACAACGUGGGGACGCUGCUCAGGACCAUCCAGUACAAGGGGCGCACCGCCUCGCUCAUCAUCAAGAUCCUGCAACUGAACGGCGUCCAGAAACAGGUGAUCAUCUGUGGACGGCAGGUCAUGUGCAGCUACCUGACUCAGGACAUCGACCUGCGGGUGGUGCAGCAUUACGUGGGGCCCGACGGCCAGACCGUGGUGAAGGAGCACUGUGACUGUCUGGGGGCCGGAGCCAAGCUGCCCUCCUAUGUGCUGGAGGACGCCGAGAUGACGGAGCUGUGUGUGAGGGCCCGAGGAGACGAGGACUGGUCCCAGGACGUCCAGCUGGAGAGGAGGGACAAGGGCAGCAGCAGCAGCUCCGUGGUGCAGGUGCCUUGCUCCAGCCGCUCUCUGCUCUACGUGUGGUGUACGCUCAUCACCCUCGAACCUGACUCUCACAUGCAGCAAAGAGUGGUGGUGUUCAGUCCUCUCUUCAUCAUGAGGAGCCACUUGCCAGAUCCGCUCAUCGUGCACAUCGAGAAGAGGAGUUUGGGUCAGCGGGAAAGCCAGCUGAUCCGGGGACAGGGACAGCAGGAGCCUCUGCUGAACACCGAGGCCGACCUCACUCACCACCUCACCUUCCAAGCCAGGGAGGACGAAGACGCUUCGCAGUGCGCCGUUCCCAUCUCCACCAGCCUCAUCAAGCAGAUCGUCAACAAGGCCGGCAGUGAAGACGACCCCCAACACAUCCUGGCUGAUUUCUACGGACCGAAGAGCUCCUCUUCUCAGUCCUGCUGGCCUUAUGUCACCAAAGACACCGACAGGUCGGGUGUGGACGUCCUGGCGCAGUGGGACAGCCCCAUGCAGGUGAAGCUGUCCUGCUGGAAAGCGGGUCUCAACACGCUGCUGGUGGAGCUGCUGCCCUGGGCCCUGCUGGCCAACGACUCGCAGUGGGACCUGUGGCUGUUCGAAGGCGAGACCAUCGUGCUGCAGAUCCCGGCGGGGAAGGUCAUCGUGCCCCCCAACUUCAAGGAAGCCUUCCAGAUCGGGAUCUACUGGGCGCACACCAACACCGUCCACAAGUCGACGGCCCUCAAGCUGGUCCAUGACCUGACCUCCCCCCGGUGGAAGGAGGGCUCCAGCGCCGACGUGGUCACUCUGGACGAGGAGGGAUACGUAGAAGCAGACGUGACGCUGGGAGCUUUCCCCGGCAGACAGAAGCUGUGUCAGUUCUGCGUGUCCUCUGUGGUGAAACACGGCAUCCAGAUCCUCCAGAUCGAAGACAGGACCAUUCUCAUCAACAACACUCCGUACAGCAUACACUACAGACCUCUGCUCACCAACCAGGCUCUGGGAUCUGAUGACCAGGCCUGUGAGAUCCCGGAGACCGCCAUGUUCACCCUCCCUCCCCGCGGAGACGCUGCCCCGCCGAAGCCGUGCUCGGUGCCCUGCUGGGACCUGCUCCAGACCAGCGUGGCGGGGAAGGUUCAGUUCCCCCUGCCAGUCAGAUACAUGCUCUUCAGCUCGCUGCCAGACGUGGGCGCCGGAGCCGGGUCGCCGGCGUGGAGCCUCCCCGCUCCCGUCCGCCCGGACCUCCCCAGACAGAGCCUGUGUGUUCCCGGGGAAGCGGACUCCGGCGGUGGCCCCGGCAGCAGAGCCAUAGUGCUGACGUAUCAGGAGCACCUCGGCGUGACGUACAUCACCCUCAACCAGGACCCCAGCCCCCGCAUGCUCAUCCACAACAAGUGUCCCAUCCCGCUGCUGUUAAAGGAAACAGUCCAAGAAACUCCAAGGACCGAGGUGUACUGUCGGCCUCUGCCUCCGAACUGCUCCCUGCACCACGAGCUCUACUACCACUGCUCCAGCUUCCCCGAGUGCAGGCAGAAGGAGGUUCUGCCCACGCUGCAGCUCAAGACCGUCUCAGAGCACAGCGCCACCGACUGGACGGACCCCGUAGACAUCAACUGCCCGGGCACUCAGGUGGUGUUCCUGCCGGGCUUCGGCUGCCUCUACAUCGACGUGCUGUUCGAGCGCGGCACCCUGGUUCUGAGCUUGGCACCAGAGGGCAGCGUGGACGCUGUAAUCAGCCAGCACAGCAGGUUUUCGAAGCUGUCUGUUCGCGUCCUGCUGAGCGAGGCCAGCGUGGCGUUGAGUGACGACAUUACCAGCCCCACCGGGUCAGUGGAGCUGCUCAGACUCACCCUGACCAAGCUGCUGCUGAGCCUGGGCCCCGCCCCGGCCCCCCUGCCCCCGGACCUGACCCCCGAGCACGCCGCCGCGGCCGUCUCAGCCCUGACGCCCGACGCCUCCCUGAUCGAGGUUUACUGCUGCGGCCUGCAAGUGGACAACCAGCUGUACAACCGGGCGAGCUUCCACUUCCCCGUGCUGCUGUGCCAAGACCAGAGGGGAGGGGGGCCGGACGCGGGGGGCCCGUGGAGCAGCGAUGCCAACCCCUGCGAGUCCCCCGAGGCGCUGGAGGAGUUCAAACGCUCCUGUUUUCUGCAGCUGAGGUUGAUGCUGGCUGGAGACCGGUGCACUGUGGAGGAGGUCACCUUCCAGCUGCAGCCUGCCAGAGUCUACCUGGAGGACACGUUUGUUUACUACAUAAAGACCCUGUUCCACACCUACAUCCCGGAGAGCUCGCUGGCCCCGGGCGCCGAGUCUCAGAGGGGCGCAGAGCCCAGAUUAGCACCCGUCCUCCCCGAACAGGUGCUGCAGUCGGUGCAGGCGCUGGUCCAUCCCGUGCGCCUGCGCAGGCUCGUCAUCCAGCCCGUCAACCUCCUGGUCAGCAUCCACGCCUCCCUGAAGCUGUACAUCGCCUCGGACCACACGCCGCUCUCCUUCUCCCUGUUCGAGAGGGGCCCGCUGUGCACCACCGCCAGGCAGCUGGUGCACGCCCUGGCCAUGCACUACGCUGCUGGAGCCCUCUUCAGAGCCGGCUGGGUGGUGGGCUCUCUGGAGAUCCUGGGCAGCCCUGCCAGCCUGGUGCGGAGCAUCGGGAACGGCGUGUCGGACUUCUUCCGCCUGCCGUACGAGGGCCUGACCCGCGGGCCCGGGGCCUUCGUCAGCGGCGUGUCCAGAGGGACCACGUCUUUCGUCAAACACAUCUCCAAAGGCACCCUGACGUCCAUCACUAACCUGGCGACCAGCCUGGCGAGGAACAUGGACCGCCUGUCUCUGGAUGAGGAGCACUACACCCGGCAGGAGGAGUGGAGGCGGCAGCUCCCGGAGAGCCUGGGCGACGGGCUCAGACAGGGACUGUCGCGACUCGGCAUCAGCUUGUUAGGAGCGAUAGCGGGCAUCGUGGACCAGCCCAUGCAGAACUUCCAGAGGAACUGGGAGUUGCAGAGCUCGGCUGGCACCAAGGCCAAAGGGAUGAUCUCCGGCGUGGGGAAAGGCAUCGUGGGGGUUUUCACCAAGCCCAUCGGAGGAGCGGCUGAGCUCGUGUCCCAGACUGGAUACGGGAUCCUCCAUGGAGCAGGACUGUGGCAGCUUCCCAAGCAGCUCUACCUGCCCACAGAGGAGAAGUCCGCUCUGGCCCCAAACAGCCACCUCAAAUACGUCUGGAAGAUGCUGCAGUCUCUGGGGCGGCCGGAGCUGCACAUGGCCCUGGAGGUGACCAUCGUGAGCGGCUCGGGCCAGGAGCACGCCGGCUGCCUGCUGCUCACCUCGGAGGUGCUGUUCGUGGUGAGCCUGAGCGAGGACACCCAGCAGCAGGCCUUCCCCAUCACAGAGGUGGAGUGUCAGCAGGACCCCGGCCAGCAGGACCAGCUCACGCUCACGUUACAGCAGCAGCCCGUCGCCAGCGACGCCGAGGGCGACGGUGUUCGCGAGCGCCUGUCAGAGCAGCAGUACCGGCGCCUGGUGGACUUCGUGACGCGGGCCUCGCAGUUCCUGUCGCCCUCGGCGGGCUCGCUGCAGCUGCAGCCCGCCGUCACGCUGGCGGAGCCGCCGCCCUCCGUCACCAAGUGCUACCGCUACCUGGUGGACCCCGCCUUCGCCAAGGUGUUUGUCAGCAAGUUCAUGACGGUGAAGAACAAGGCGCUACGCAUCGGGUUCCACUGACAACGGCCGCUCCAAACAAAGCCUUAAAGAGACGACUUCCUGUCGGGAGGACCUGCCUUCCAGAGACACGUUGGCCGAAUCACAGAAACACACCGAGGUCUGAGCGUCGACACUGAACUUCUCGUAGCUGGAGAGAAACGCAGAGCCGGUCGGAGUGUUCGAUUCCUGUCAGGAGUGUAACGCUUCACUCUGCGGUGUUUACGUUCUGUGUUCGCCGAGUCUUGUGCCAACGUUAAGUGCAAUAUUAUAUCCACGUUGAUGGACGCCAGCGAUUCCAGCUGUCAACCAAAAGCUUUUCGUACGCCGUGUAACAUACUUACUUGUUGGACAAUAACACUGUUUUUUUGAACCGUUUCGUUCUUGCCAACCCCGACGUGAUGCAAACCUGUUGCCUUUUGUAACGUACCUCUGAGAUCUAAUGCCUUUAAUGUAUAUAAUCAAUAAUAUAUUGUUAGAGAAAUGUUUUA